CGUGCACCACCCAUGCACGCACCAGAGCGCGGGCGGCGGCAUCGUGGCUGCCGUCCCCGGCCGGACGACGCCACCGGACAAGCCUCCCCGCGGACUCCACGAUGCCGCCCGCGCGCCAAAACCGAGCCGACCGCGCUUUUAAAACUCACCAAUCCGCCCCCGCGAUACACCCCACACGGACGGACGGAGCUCGCGACAUGGAGGCCGAGACGCUCGAGUGCGGCGGCGACGCGGCGGCGUUCGUGCUCUCGCGCCUGCCGCACCCGGACGACGCGGCGGCCGGGGCGCGCGCGGCCUACGUCAACGCCGCCACGGGCCGCGCGCUCUCCUUCGCGGGCCUGAGCGGCGCCGCGCUCUCGCUCGCCUCCGCGCUGCGCCUCGGGCUCGGCCUCCGCCGCGGCGACGCCGUCCUCGUGGCGCUCCCCGCGCCCGACGACGACCCGCUGCUGCUCCCGCCCGUCCUCCUUGGCGUCCUCGCGGCCGGCUGCGUGGCCGUCCUCGCUGCCCCGGGCGCCAGGGUAGACGCCGUGGCGCGGGAGUCCGGCGCCGCGAUCAUCGUCGGCGCGCCGGGGACGGGCGGCGGCCUGCCGCUGCUGCUCAUGUCGAGGUCGUCGGACCCACGGACUGUGUCCGUGGAGGAGCUCAUGGAAGGCGGCGACCCGGCCGCGCUCGACGCCGUCGCCGCAGACCGGCCAGACCACUGGGACCCGGCCCUCGUGGUCCACUGCUCGUCGGCGACCAACAAGGUGGCCAUGACGCACGCCGACCUGAUCGCCGCCGUGGCUGGCGUGGCCUCACCCGACGAAGACCGGGUCUGCCUUGCCACACUCCCGGCGUGGGGAACCAGCGUCCACGGCGGCGUGGCACUGCUCGCCCUCGGGCUCCCGGCGGCCGGAGCCACCACGGUGCUCCUGCCGCCUUCCUCCGACCUGCGGGCCGCGGUGGCCGCCCAUGGCGCCACCGACGUCGUGGCGACCCCCGAGGCGGCCGCAGCGCUCUUUGCUCCCGGGCUGCCGCAGGGGAAGCUCGCCACGCUGCGGAGGGUGAUAGUGGUGACGCCGCUCGCAGAUGACGCACGGCAGGCGUUCCGCCGCAGGCUAUCGUGGGUCGAUCUGGCUGAGAUAUCCGGCGCGCUGGAGAUGGGAGCAGCGACGGCGGAGUCGCCGGAGCAGGUGAAGGUGGCUCCUGCACCUCUGGGGCCUCUGCUGCUCGUGCAACCUGAUGCUGCAGCCACACAGCUGAAGGGCAAAAUACCAGACCAAAUGCCAUCGCCAAGCGAGGCUACCUCUCUGGUAAGAAUCCAUUUAUGCACUGAACAAACCAAAUUUAUAUAUAAAAAAAAAACCGGCACAUAACACUCACACCUGAACCAGAA